GCUUUAACGAAUACGUGUAUUGGUCAUGACGGACUGGAUCUUGCUGAAUCUGACUCUCGACCUGGUCGACACGCUCUCUUCACUGGGAACAGUAUCCACGUGGUUAAUCCAGCUCUUCAGUCGAUGGCCUCUUUGUUCGACCCAGCUGGAGACUUAGCUGGUGGCGGCACCUCUGGCUUUGGCCUCACUGGUGGUGUUUUACCGCCACACGCCAGUUGCUCCUUUCUCAAGGCCCAGGCUGGCAAGACUAGGGUAUCAAAUGCUAGUUAUGUUGACGCAGCUGGCGGAAUUUUAAUGGGUCUUCUCUAUCGACCCACUAUUCGUCCAGGCAUUCGUGAUCCUAGACGACAUGCACACUCUAAUGUGACCUCCUCAGCUGGCUCCUGUAUUCAGACUUUUGCCACUCAAACCUCCUGCACUUUGUCUGAUGGAACACUUGCCAUCGUCUCACCACCAAAACUUAGCACCUUUUCUACUUUUGAAUCAGGAAACACCCCUGCGUUCGUUUCUGCAGAGAACUUGCUUUGGUGCUGUGUGUUCUGUGCUGGUGACCGUCACUGUCUAGAUCUCGGCAGUCUCUAUGGACCAUACUUUCUAGGCCCUGAAGAGGUAAUUGCAUUGGCCGCCGAAGGUUUUGUUCAGACUCCAAGCGAAGCGAGAGAUGCCACUUCUAGUGUUUUAGCAACUGUAACCAAUUCCAUUGUAAGUGUAAAGGAGCUACUACCUGAUUCUUCGCAGGAGUCGAAGAAGAUGGCCGGCCAAAUUGGCAGGACGGGUCGCCGAUCGAUAGCUCUUGCUUAUCAGAGGCGAGUUGAAAAGAAGACAGGGUCGGGUGACGCUCAAGGAAUCGCCAACCUCCGUAGCCGCUCUCUUCAGUCCGCUAAAUCAUCUGCAUCGGCCUUCGCAAAUAAAGCAGCUGCUGCCAGAUCAGCGUCCGCACGUGCGAAACGAUUUCUUACUGGACCAGGACAUACACCCAGGCAGGAUCGGCCUUCUAGCCCCAACAACCUGGGUUCGAGCAGAGGCGCCAUCAGGGAUCCUUGCAGACAACGGACCAAGGGCAUAGCUUCUCGACGGCCAGCAAAAUCAGAGCGAAGUGUUGGUCCAGAGUUGUUGUUUUCCUCUGCUUCAUCCCUAGUUGCUCGCAUAUUUUUCGAAAUUCUUCAUAACUUUGAUUUUUUUUCUUCCUCGUUUACGAUUGACUACCGAUCGCGACUUAAAUUCCUUGAAAAUGGACAGAGUUUUGUGCCUUGA